AAGGCGGCGAAACGUGCUGGAGGGUGGGGGGUAAGAGAGGGAGAGAGAGAGAGAGAGAGAGAGAGAGAUACAAAGAGUGAGCCAAAUUCCACACAAACACAAGUUGGCGUAGCUCACAUUUCCUACUCACCUGUGCAAACGUGAUGAAUGUGGGUGUUUGUAUCAGUGGGUGUGUGUGUCACGUCUGACGCACGCGAACGUGCGGGCUCGGCUUUCUUGGAAGACACGAGUGGGACAGAAGACUUUUGAGCCUCACUUGUAGUGCAGCACGCAGGCGCGGGAAAGCAGCAGCAGCAAGCAUCCAAGUCGUCUCCAAGAAGUCCACAUUCAGUCUGCACACAACAGCAAGUGGACACUUCGAGCAGUGUCCUCACUGGACUUCGGGCUCUUUGAGACUUUUGCUGAUCACAAAAGUUCACCUUCAACAGAAAUGGACAACAGCCCUGGUGGUGGUGGAGGAGUCAUCCUGUAUGCAGGCUCCUGUGGAAGUGCCAGCCCCAGCCCUGGCAGCCCCUCCAGUGGGUACCAGACACAGUCACCUUCUUUCCACUCGCAGCCGUCAUCGCCAGAGGAGGUUACCUUCACAGAAAUUGGAUCACUGAAACAGAAGGCUGAAGAGUCCCCAACACCAACCUCUAAACUGGUGUUCCAGUUCCCGGAGGUAUAUACUGGGCCUCCUCCUGCAGCCGCCGCUCCCCAGCAUACCUACGGACAUCCGAUUGCUGGAAAAAAGCCGUGUGGCUUCACAGGAGCUUUCACAAAAAAUGGCGGAAUGGUCCUGCUCUGUAAGGUCUGUGGGGACAUUGCAUCUGGUUUCCACUAUGGAGUUCAUGCAUGUGAAGGAUGCAAAGGAUUUUUCCGCCGCAGCAUCCAGCAAAACAUCAACUACAAGAUGUGCGUGAAGAACGAGCACUGUCAGAUCAUGCGCAUGAACCGCAACCGGUGCCAGCAUUGCCGCUUCAAGAAGUGCCUGUCUGUCGGCAUGUCGAGAGAUGCUGUGCGUUUUGGCCGCAUCCCAAAAAGAGAGAAGCAGCGACUUAUGGAGGAGAUGCAGAGCUACAUGAACAGCCUAAAUGAGUCGGCUGCCAUGGACAUGGACUCCUCCUCUGUGAAAGAAACACCAACCAGGAAGGUUGAGGGCGACCCAAAAGAGGCCAUUGGGGCCAUGUCCAGAGCUUACCAUGACAUCUUCAGUGGCAGUGGCCAGGAGAGAACAGCCAAGAGGGCGAAAAUCUCCAACAAUAACAACAACAACACUUGUCAAGAUGGCACUUUCACGCAGAUCGCAACAGAACCACACUCUAUGCAGAAUUACCAGUCUUGCCCAAUCGCCCCUGAAAACAAUCAGGUUAUGUUCCACAACAUGGACACCAAUCGCUACACUUACUUUGUGUCAACAAAUCAGAAUCAUCACUCAAGUUGCACAACCCCUCAAAGAGGCCAUGAAAAUUAUUUAUGCAAAGCCGAAAAUGCCAGAAGUCAACCUUCAUGCCCAUGGAAGUUUGCUCCAAGAGCUAAAGUGCUGGCCUGUCCUCUUAAUGCAUGCCCUGUAUCUGGGGCAGACCGCACGAGUCAGGAGAUUUGGGAGUCCUUUUCUCAGUGUUUCACCCCUGCUGUCAAGGAGGUGGUUGAAUUUGCCAAGGGCAUCCCAGGAUUUCAGGAGCUUAGUCAGCAGGACCAGGUCAUGCUGCUUAAAUCGGGCACUUUCCAGGUUCUGAUGGUGAGGUUCUGCACCUUGUUUAAUGCUGCUGAACGUACGGUGACCUUCCUGAACGGCCAAACAUACCCCCUGUCCACCCUGCACGCUUUGGGCAUGGGCUCCCUACUAGAUGCCAUGUUUGACUUCAGUGAAAAGUUGGGCUCCAUGGGGCUUGAGCCUGAUGAAAUGGCCCUCUUCAUGGCAGUGGUGCUGGUCUCUGCAGAUCGUUCCGGCAUUUCAGACGUGCACACGGUAGAGCAGCUACAGGAGGGUCUUAUCCGUGCCCUUCGAUCGCUGAUCACUCGCCGGCGUCCUGACGACACUACCUUAUUCCCCAAACUCCUCCUGCGAUUGCCAGACCUCCGCACUAUCAACAAUCUGCACUCCAACAAACUUUUGGCCUUUCGCAUCGACCCUUGAGCACACAUCACACACAUUUCCAUACACACGUUACCUUCCAAGCAUGGACUUCCUUUGUAAGAGAUUUUGUUUUGAAAGAAAUUACUUUUUUGGAUUCACAAUUCCAGUUUUUAUUUCUUUAUUGGGACUAAUGAAACAUGCUCACACUCAUUUGUGUGUAAACCACAACACAUCUUAAGAGGUACUAUUCCAGUGAAAGUGUAAAUUAAUGUGUUGAUAAAAAAACCAUGUGUGCACUCGCUCUUUCUAUCCAGUGUACUUAAAGGGCAACGGCACUUUUUGGGGAAUUUUGGCUAUCGUUCACAAUCAUAAGAGACAAGAACAGACAUUUUUAUUUUUAUUUAUUUUUGUACAAUUUUAAAGAUGCUGAAAAAAACGCUUGAAAGAUGCGGCUAAUGAGAGUCACCAUUGUAGCCUUCAAACCCCUCAAAAGCAAUUUUAAAACCCUCCAGCAACGUUUUAUAUACUAUACUAUAUACUGUAAUAUGACUAGUCAUGUUUUUCAGUUAGUACAGUUUGGUGUCAUAUCGCAGUGUUGUGCAUUACAAACUCAAACGGGUUUUGUAUUGCUGUAGAAACUAAACUAUCUCUUGCCGCAGUUAGUUAAUACCGAAGCACACCGAUGUGUUACGAUAGAGAAAUAGUUCCUCAGUGUUCCAAAAUGGCUAGGGGUACCCUGCACUUCAUCAGCUCUGUGUGUACAAGAGCUAUUACAUUAUGUCUUGCAGGUGAGAUCGGAGCUUGGUUAUUAUACAGGUUAAGGAACGGAAAUUAAGUAUUGUUGACGGUUUUUGAAUGCAUUUUUAGAAGUGAUUUAAAGGUAGAAUUGAUUGCUCCCAUUAGCUGCUUUGCUAGCCACUGAAAAAAAGCCGAUUUUUAUAUGUUAGAAAGCGGGAAAAAAAGCAAACUUUUGUCUUCUUGUCUCUCAUGAUUGUGAACAAUAGGCAAAAUUCCCUCCAAAAAAGUGAGGUUCCCUUUUAAGAGUAAAAGCCAAUUCCCCUCUGCUGAUAAAUAGCAGCAGACCGUCAGAUAUUGUGCACAGAAACACCUUUUAUAAUAGGGACCAUCAAUACUGACAAGUUAUUAGUCUGCUUGUUUUCAAAAGAAAGGGAAUGUCAUCAUAAAUAUCGUAUUUUCCGGAAUAUAAGCCGUUACUUUUUUCCCAAGCUUUGAACCCUGCGAUUCAUACAAAAGGUGUGGCUAAUCUAUGGACUUUUUUCCGCUACAACUAAAUGAUUAAUUUUUUUAAGCAAAGAAAUCAAACAAUGUACUCUAGCGAUCCACUUUAAGAAACUGUUCAAACUCAAACAGUUUACACAGUAAAAGGAAGAAUAAUUCUAAAAACAUUUUGAACCUUAUUGAAAAAGUAGAAAAUAUUAGUUAUCUCAUAAAGAAUGAAUAAAGACAACAAUUACUUUUCUGUUUUGUUUGACAAGCAGUUUUACUGCCGAGUUACAGGCAGCGUUUGGGAAAAUAAUGAAGGUAUGUAAAUAAGACAUUUACAAAAUAUUUUUAUGUAAAUUAAUAAUUUCACAACAUACUGGUAUAUAUCUGCGGCUUAUAGACUGGUGCGGCUAUUAUGUAAUAUGUUUUUUGUCUUCUAAAAUUUAGUCAGUGCGGCUUAUAUACCGGAAAAUACGAUAAAUUGCAAAAUCUAACUAAAGUAUAGUAUAUCACUGUUCCAUCAUGUGCAUUUUUACUUGAAGGACACCGUGGAUUCAUUGUGUCACCUGUACACAACAAUUCUAAAACAUCACAAGCCAUUUCAAAUGACUUGACAAAACCAUUGUCUCUGCAUUACUAUGUCACAUCCAGAGUGAUGGUACAAGUUCAUGCAUGUUUUUUAAUUAUUUUUGUUCAUUUUGUUUCUGUAAAUACGAUGUCUAUCUUAAAGCGACUGAGUAGCAAAAAGAAGAAUGUUCUGCUGAUCUUCCAGUAGGAGGUGGGGGUUUUGGGGCAAGGGCGUUUUGCAACGGAGAACAUGUCAGGGAUUGUUGAUGAACUUUUUGACACACUGCCUGCUGCAUUGAGACGAUGUCACCAACCAGAAUAAUCCCUGAAAUCUCCAGCGCUCACUCCACAUCAUGCACUCUUUCCCCCAAUGUUUGUCAUACAAACUAAAGAGAUAUUAUAGGGUGGGGAGAUCUUAUUUAAUUGGUCAUCUCACUGAUUGCUUGAUUGAAUAUGGCUGUUUGAGCACGUGCUGUACAUUUUGUAAAUAUGUGUUCUUUAAUAGAAAUUAUAUAAAGUUCAGAUUGUGUAUUGA